UAUAAUUUCCGGAACGAAUUCUGCUCGAGUCAUUGGCUCUUCUCGGUGGGUGUGGUUUGACUGUUGUGCGAAUGGGACAUGAGCUGCUGUCUCUUUUGCUGUUUCUUCCUUCCAUGGCUUGCUGUCUGGGGUGUCUUUCCCUCCCAUUUUUGUCAGGAGGCUUCGGCUGCGGCGGUUAAAGAAGGCCUGACUUCCCCAUCUCCAAACCCAUUUGUCCCGACCGAUCUGUCGCUGCGCCCUCUGUCCCGCUUGUCUUCUUCGCCUUCGCUCCCGUGUUUGCUCGAUCCAUCAUGCGCUUCCUGUGGAGAUGGAACCCUGGCAUCAUUUCCGUGCUUUGCGAAGAAAGCCACAGAUUUACUUGAAACAGGACGACACGUUUUUGCUGCCCAAACUGUCGGCGCGUCUGUGCAUCAAAACGUCCCUGCCGUCCGGGGCGAGUGCGAAACAGGAUAUCCUGACAGAGUUCUACAUGCGCGUUUGGGUGUAUGUCCAGACGGUCGCUGAGAUGGUCUACGAAGCCCUGUACGAUGCAGAAGUUGCGGGACUGUAUUUCUUGCUGAAUGGCGGCGACUGGCCGGGGAAGAUCUGCUUGCUUGCUCAAGGUUUCAGCGACAAACUCCCGCUUCUUGUCGACAAACUGACGUUUGCGCUGUCGCACUCUGGCGCAAUGCCUCCCGCCUGUGAAGCGAGCGAGGAGUGCAGCGGGUCGCCGGGCGGAGCGACGAAAGGAAGACCGACAAAUGGGGAACCCAAGUUUCGUCUCGACCGACGCGCGUUCGACGUGGUCAAGGAGAACCUUCAUCGAAAGAUUUCGAACAGCAUGCUCUGCCGCACCGUCUCUCAACAAGCUGCAACGCUGCGGGGUGAAACCCUCGAGAUUCCCUGCUUGAGCUACGAGGACCUGUUGCGCGUUCUCGAACAAACGACACUGGACGUCCAAGAAGUGCCGAAGACGCUGUUCGAGCGAGCGUGCGUCGAAGGGCUGGUCGUCGGCAACAUCUCGUCUGCCGAGGUGUGCGUUAUGGUUGAAAUGGCUUUGAAGAAUCUCAACAUUGAGACGACACUCGAUAGCAACUCCGUCCCCGAGAAAGCGGUGGUCGACCUCGCCUCGCUGGACCUCGCCCGUCUGCGUUCGUCGGGCUCGGGAGUCGCCGGGCUCGACGAGGAACGGGAGGCAAUGCAGUGCAGGACUCUGGUCUGCGAGGAGUUGAAGGCAUCGGAAGUGAAGCUGAAGACUCGGUCGGAAAACUCGAAUACUCAAGACCGAAACAGUGUCGCAUUUCUUCGAUUUCAACUCGGGAAUCUCGAGGACAGAGAGCGCUCGAUGCUCUCGCUGUUCUCCCACUGCAUCUCCCAGGCGUUUUUCGACGAUCUGCGGACCCAGCAACAGCUCGACUAUGUUUUGCAUGCACACCGAAGCUUUCAGCUGCGGUCUCAGGGCAUGCAUUUUUUCGUGGCUGGUUCGACGUUCUCGGACCUCAUGACGUUGCGCAUCGGACGCCUCGUGGAAAAGUACCUCAGCUCUGAACAGGGUCUACAUGCCGGUUUGCCAGACGCCCUGUGCGAAAAGCAUCGAUCUGCUCUGGUCAGCGAACUGAGAGUCAGACCGCAGAACGCGUUUGAAGAAGCACAGCGGUACACGCGAGAGAUCAGCACCUGGUACUUCAUGUUUAACCGGCAUGACCGGACAAUCGCUGAACUCUGCCGCCUCGAGAAGAACGAAUUCUUCCACUUCAUUCUUCACCGCCUCCGGCCCCCCCCUGUCCUGCUUCUCUGCAUCGACAGACAGGCCGCGGCUGCCCCGAGAGCCAUCGCGACUUGCGAGGGACACCAGGAGGAAAACAGCGGCGACGCCGCAGAAACGAAGGAGAUGCAAGAGGCUGAGACUCAGGAGGCGAAGAAACCUCAGCAGGAAACAUGCAACCUUUUGCGGGGUGGACUGACGUUCGCGCCCCACGGGAGCUGCGGAAGUACGCCGCUCGAACAUCCAAAAUGCUGGCGUGAAACGGGGGCCCUAGUCCUUGUCAUUCUCUGUGUUGUCGUCAUCUUGAAAGGCGAAAAACGUGGUUUUUUGUCUCUCUUCUGAUAUCCAACGUUUACACAGAGAUAUGGCUCCACAUAAAAGGGGCAAAAAAAUACGGAGCAGACAAGGCAAGAUGACGAGAAGGAAAAAAUAACUCUCUUGCGUUUGAAAACGUUCUGCGUACGUUGUUGGCUCUUCUUGAGCCUAGGAGAAAGGAGUUAAAUGACGCUAGAGAUAUGCC